UCCUACAUGAUUGGUUUUAAUUUAGAGAAAUAUGGUAAUUUCAUUACAUGCCGUUGUAAUCAAUGGCAUUUAAAUCAGUGCAACCGCGACUGCAUCCAAUUGGCAACAGCUGGUUGUGAAAUGCAUAUCGACAUGUCUUAGAAAGUAAUCUCAAGCAAGCAUGGGUAAAUUAAAAAAAAAAAAACAGGAUCGUAAUUGCUUCUUAAAUGUGUAUCACCUGUUGUAAGUUAUAUCCGUAUGACUCUUAGCUCAUGACAACGGGGAUAUGGGAGACCAAAAAGUAAUUACUGAAGUUCCUGCAGCGCUGAAGCGGUUGGCCAAAUACGUCGUCCGAGGGUUCUAUGAGAUUGAGCACUCACUUGCGCUAGAUCUCCUGAUAAGGUAUCCCUGUGUGAAAGAGGAUGACCUACUCGCACUGCUAAAGUUUGAAAAGAAGCAGCUUCGGGCCAUUCUUACCUCGUUAAAAUUAGAUAAAAUAAUUAAAAGUCGAAUGAGAGUAGACACGGGGGAGGAUGGGAAGGCUACAAGACACAACUACUAUUAUAUAAAUUAUAAACUGCUGGUCGAUGUCACAAAAUAUAAACUAGACCAGGUUCGCAAAAAGAUUGAAACUGAUGAGCGCGAUUCAACAACUAGAGCCUCGUUUAAAUGUCCAGUGUGCGGCAGCCUCUACUCGGAUCUAGAAGUUAAUCACCUGUUUGAUCCAGCCUCAGGUAAGUCAAUGGUGGCAUAAACUAAAGUAAGCAGAAAAGCCACUGUUAUGCACUUAAACUAGUACCCGUGUAGGACGUUUAAAACACUGGGGUUUUGAACGUACUCUGUUGUUAAUCACACUCUCAAUCACGCCCAAAACACUCCAACAACAUAAAUGCAUUAAUGACGUAUGGUGCAGUUCAGGCUAACACUUACAUGCGCCGUGUGCGGUGUUUUUUAACUUUGCAAAUCUAUAAACGACUGAAGGUAACGUUUACUAAAUGCCAACAGAAAUCCUGUAAUUAUUAGUAUGUUUGGAUUAUUAUUAUUAUUAUUCGGUGCGUGGUGGUUGUUUGUUAGUAAGUUUAGUGGUAUUUGUGGCUUGGUUCAUCCUGCCCAAAACGAAAUGUUAAAAAUUGUUCGUGUCACUGUAUACAAUGAGGGGCAGAGUUGUGCCCAGUUCUCUUGUUUUAACUUGGCCAUUUUUUCUAUAUUCUUAAAUAACGUGCCUAUUGUAUUUCAUGUAAC